UCGCCAAGUGCCAUCCCUCGAGGGGAUACUCUUUGCUUCCUUCAGUUUUUGUUCUAACUCUCUUUUAACACACGCAUUCUCUCUCUCUUUCUCUCUCUCUCUCUCUUCUCCAACCUUGCAGAUACCAAGUAACAGGAAAGGUUUGGAAAAGCUUUGUUGUUUGUCACAAAACAAGAAAAAAGCACGAUGCUGGGUGUGGCGACUCUAACUUUGGGUUCAUCAACUGCAAUGGUAGCUCAACAUGCUACCACUCUAACUCUUGGCAAGGAGUUAGCACUCCCUGGAAGCAGAAGGCACAUCCUUUCUUAUAAGACUCACUCUUCCACCAACCAAAAUUGGAACUCACUCUUUUCCUUCAGGGAACCAACACUUGCUUCUCCUUUCACCACUGCUGUUGCAUCUCUUGAUUCUGACAAGCUCAGUUCUUCUGAUCCUCCCACCAAGAGUGACACCAACAAGUAUUAUUUUCUUGUUGCAAAUGCAAAAUUUAUGCUGGAUGAGGAGGAGCAUUUUCAAGAACAACUAUUUGAACGGCUUAGGUACUAUGGAGAGCGUGAUAAAGAACAGGAUUUCUGGCUUGUCAUUGAACCUAAGUUCUUGGAUAGAUUCCCUGACAUAACCAAGAGAUUAAGGAGACCUGCUGUUGCUCUUGUAUCAACCAAUGGUCCUUGGAUCACAUUCAUGAAGUUAAGACUGGACCGAGUUUUAGCAGAAAGUUUUGAAGCUGAGAGCCUAGAAGAAGCGUUAGCCUCCACUCCUACUAAUCUGGAGUUUGAGAAGCCUGAAAAAUGGGUGGCACCCUAUCCUAAAUAUGAAUUUGGAUGGUGGGAACCCUUCUUGCCCUCUGGACAGAAAGAGGUGAAGUCUUAAGAAUUUUUUUCCGCUCUGUUUCUGUACUUGGUAUUCACAAAUAUUUUUCUCCAAGGGUUUUUUGUUCAUGUAUAACUGGAUGGAGGUUGAAGUUGGCUAAAUUUGCAUUUCAGUUUUGUAAUUUUUGGAAGGCAGUAUACUUAUUUAAAGUUGAAAUGUUGUCCUUAGGAUCUAAGUUCUAGGAAUUGGUUUUAUGUCUCUCAAAUGAGUGAAGUAUAGAUAUUGUUAUCAAAUUGAUGUUUUCUGUUGCUCAAAUUGCGUGUGAAGGACGGCAGCUUGUUAGAUUU